AUGGGGUCAAUAAUCGAACAAUGUUGCUCGCCAGGGUCGAAAACACCCUGUGUAGAAGUUUGGCGAUCAAGUUCGCCAAUCCGAGAUUUGGCCAAUGUCGCCACCAGCCAAAUUGGAUCUGGGGGUCGACCUCUUCGACGACGACGACCAAAAAAUAAUUUUUGGGCUGUUUGCGACAUUGAACGCGAAACUUUCACACAAGGUGCUGUUGGCCAAGCCGAGUCCAUUGCUCUAUUCAAAACCCCACAUUUGAUUGUAAAGUUUGGAGAUACAGGCACCUUUAUGUUUGUAAGCGUGAUGCUAUAUGAAGAGUGGUCAUCGUUCAAUGUCAAGUCGCUGGACCCUGGCAGAGCAAAAGAUGCAGAGGGUCGUGUUGUGUAA